CCCCGUCGGCAGACCCAGCGUGGACAUCAGUGUUCCACUUGCCUUUCACCCUGCGCAUUACUUUGAGACCAUUUCCAGAUUCUUUUGCUAUUGUAUCUCCCUUGGCUCGCUCCUGUGAGCCGCCGGACUCUGAACAGCCAUGCCCGUCGUCAAAGGAGGUGUCUGGACCAACAUUGAGGAUGAGGUGCUUCGUGCGGCGGUGUCCAAGUAUGGUAUGAACCAGUGGGCUCGCGUAUCCUCUCUCUUAGCACGGAAGACACCCAAGCAAUGCAAGGCGCGGUGGGUGGAAUGGCUGGAUCCUGGGAUUCGCAAGGUCGAAUGGUCUCGGGAGGAGGAUGAGAAGCUGUUGCAUCUGGCCAAGUUGAUGCCCACACAAUGGCGUACAAUUGCGCCCAUUGUAGGGCGAACGGCAACACAAUGCUUGGAGCGCUAUCAGAAGCUGCUGGAUGAGGCUGAAGCUCGAGAGAACGAUGAGCUGGGCCUGGGAGGUCCUUCCGGUGCAGAGGCGGCUGCCCCCAGUGCGGAUGACGUCCGCCGACUACGGCCCGGUGAACUGGACCCCGACCCGGAGUCGAAACCCGCUCGGCCCGAUACGAUCGACCUUGAUGAAGAUGAGAAGGAGAUGCUGAGUGAAGCGCGUGCUCGUCUAGCAAACACACAGGGAAAGAAGGCCAAGCGGAAGGCCAGAGAACGACAACUGGAAGAGUCGCGACGAUUGGCGGUCCUUCAGAAACGACGUGAGCUCAAAAAUGCUGGCAUUAAUAUCAAGGUCGUUACUCGCAAGAAGGGCGAAAUGGACUACAACGCCGACAUUCCCUUUGAGAAGCCUGCGGCACCUGGCUUCUACGAUACCACAGAUGAACAAGGUCGAAACGAGAGGCAACGGGAGAUGUUCGAUCCUCGCAAACAACAGCUAGCGAACAAACGGAAGGGUGAUCAGGACGAAGACGCGGAACGGAAGAAACGGAAGAACGACAAGAAUAGCAACUCCGCCGCAUUCGCAGCUGCCGCUCGUGCUGGUCAGAUGCAGAAGAUCAGGGAGGCUGAGCAGAGCAGCAAGCGGAGGGCGCUCGUGCUUCCGAGCCCCCAGGUCAGCGAGGGUGAGAUGGAAGACAUUAUCAAGAUGGGCAUGGCGGGUGAUAGGGCUAGUAAGAUGGCAGGCGAUGAGGAGGGAGCUCGAGGCCUACUCGGUAACUACAAUGCGAUUGUUGGUGGGACACCUAUCAGGACACCCAGAGCACCCCCGCAGGAGGACCACAUCGCAAACGAAAUCCGAAAUAUCAAGGCUCUCACCGAGACUCAGUCGUCUCUGUUAGGUGGUGAGAAUACCCCGCUUCAUGAGGGCGGGGCCACUACUGGGUUCGAUGGGAUUGCCCCUCGCCGCCAGGAAAUCGUUACUCCCAACCCUAUGGCCACCCCAUUCCGACAAGCCAACGGCGUCGGUGCUACACCUAUGCGCGGUGGUAUCGGCCCCGGCGCUACUCCGCUACGGACACCUCGAGAUCAUUUUGCGCUCAAUCAGGCGGAGGCCGGGCAGCUUAUCGGCAGCACCCCCCGUGAUAUCAAGAUGUACGAGAAGAAUGCGCGUCAGACCAUUCGCGGCAAGCUCGCUGCUCUUCCCAAACCCAAAGAGACGGAGUGGGAGCUUGAAGAACUCCCCACAGAGUCCAAUGAACCCUCGGUAGCCGCUGAGUAUACCGAAGAAGAUGCGGCUGAACGUGACAGGAGAGAAAGGGAGGGGAAAGAACGUGCCGCCCAGGCCGAACUCAAACGUCAGACACAGGUAUAUCAGCGCGCCCUACCCCGACCAAGCGUUCUCGAUAUCGAUGCGAUGCUGGAUCGAGUAUCACAUAUCACGGAUCCCAUCUCUGGAUUGAUUGCGAAGGAAGCCGCUCUCUUGAUCGCCCACGAUGCCCGCAAAUUCCCUGUUCCCGGCGCUAAAGUGGAGGGCAAGGCACGGAAACUGGAGCGACUUGACGACAGUUCGAUUGAGCAGGCCCGUGCAGCUGUCGCGGCGGAAGCCUCGGCAUCCGGAAAACUCGAGGAGUGGCAAGAGAACUUUGAUGAGCAGUGGUCAAACAAGCAUUCAGAUGUUCUCCCUGGCCUUGCCAAUUAUACCGACGAGGAGGAAGACGUCUUCCAACAAGAGCAGCGCAUGAUCAGCGCUUUCGAUAACGAACAAGCCUCAUUGCUGGCCACAGCUGAGCAAGGCAACAAGCUGGAGAAGAAGCUUGCAUUACACUAUGGUGGCUAUCAGAACCGGGCGAAAACGCUUCGCACGAAGAUCGUCGAAGCCAGCGAUGCACUUCAAAGAUCGAAAGAUGAACUAGAUGCUUUCCGAACUCUCCAGAUUUCAGAAGAAUCGGCGAUCUCGCGAAGGCUGGAGAAGCUUCGAGAUGAUGUUGCUUUCGUCAUGAGGAGGGAGCGCGAAGCGCAGGACCUCUACAAGAGCAGGCAGGACGAGCUGGAUGAGCUGGUGACAGGCACCGGGGUAUUUCCUCGCUCUCCCCCGGAAUGCGCGGAGCGAUUUCAACUGCGCACACCAUGGAAUCGGUUACAGAAGUUGGUUUGCAGCACAAUGCAUUGUGUAUUCACACAUAGUAUUCGUCCCUCGAGCACCAUGGGCGGCAGGGACGAAACCGGCACACCGGACCCCGUUGAGAAAGGGUUCGCCACCCUCAAUACCAUCCGGAUCGGUGUAAAAGCUAUGGUACAGAAAGAUGGAGAGUUACGAAAAGCGGAAAUCUUGUCUAUAAAGCAGCGAAAAGAUGGUCCUUCCUUUUAUGUCCAUUAUGUUGAUUUCAACAAGCGUCUGGAUGAGUGGAUUGCCUCGUCGCGCAUCGAUCUGUCGCAUGAAGUUGAAUGGCCCCAGCCAGAGAAACCGGAGAAGAAGAAAGCCGGCCCCGGCAACAAAGCUCCCAGCAAGAACACGCAGAAACGCGCCCGAGCUGAGAGCCGCGACGUAUCAGCGACCCCGGAUCUCCUCACGGGGAAGAACGCCAACGUCGGCAAAGCCCAGCGUCCCUCGAAGGCGGGCGGGAAAGAGAACCGCGGCGAUGAGACGCCGGCCAACCUCUCCAUCGGCGGCGGCUCCGAGGCCGUCUCCGCGGACGGGACGCCCAAGCCGGAAUCCGACGACGUGGACAUGGUCGAUGUUAGUUUCUCCAAGGAUGUCAAGGAAGAGGAGAAAGCCCUGGGCCUCAUGUCCCGCGAAGAGGAGAUCGAACGGCUGCGGACCAGCGGCAGUAUGACGCAGAACCCCACGGAGAUCCACCGCGUGCGGAACUUGACGCGGUUGCAGAUGGGCAAGUACGACGUGGAGCCGUGGUAUUUCUCGCCCUACCCGGCCUCGUUCUCGGACGCGGACAUUGUGUACAUCGACGAGUUCUGCCUGGGGUACUUCGACAACAAGAGGUCGUUCGAGCGCCACCGCUCCAAGUGCACGCUGGUGCACCCGCCCGGCAACGAGAUCUACCGGGACGACUACAUCUCCUUCUUCGAGGUCGACGGCCGCCGUCAGCGCACCUGGUGCCGGAACCUCUGUCUGCUCAGCAAGCUGUUCCUGGACCACAAGACGCUUUACUACGACGUCGACCCCUUUCUGUUCUACUGCAUGUGCAGCCGCGACGAGACCGGCUGCCAUUUGGUCGGCUACUUCUCGAAGGAGAAGGAUUCCGCCGAGGGCUACAACCUGGCCUGUAUCCUCACUCUACCCCAGUACCAGCGUCGCGGCUACGGUCGUCUCUUGAUCUCCUUCAGCUACGAGCUGAGCAAGCGAGAGGGCAAGCUGGGCUCGCCCGAGAAACCCCUCAGUGAUCUGGGCCUGCUGGGCUACCGACAAUACUGGCGAGAGACGCUCGUGGAGAUCCUCAUGGAGUCUGGACGGGAGAACAUCAGCGAACAUGACCUUUCCUUGCAGACCUCCAUGACUGAGAAAGAUGUCCAUGAAACGCUGGUCGUGUUCAACAUGCUUAGAUAUCAUAAAAGCAACUGGGUCAUAGUCCUCACCGACCAAGUCGUCGAAGAGCACAAGAAGCGUCUUGAAAAGGAGAAGCUUAAGGGGGCUCGUAAGAUCGACCCCGCCCGCCUGCAAUGGAAGCCGCCGGUCUUCACUGCAUCAUCGCGCACGUGGAACUGGUAAGGUGGGCGUGGUGCUCUGGCCUUGCCAUAAGGUUGUCUGCGUCAAUCAUCUACACAGGACCUCCUAGCUUGCAAGUUAAGCGAGGAUUGAUACCCCCUUCCCCCUACUCUUCCUCCCUCCCUCCUUCAAUUCCGAAUUUAUUCCCCAGGAGUUCGGUGCUGCCUUCAAAGAUAUCUGGCCUUUGUUUCUUUCCGGGUUGUUUGGUGAUCUCAUGGUGUUGAGGAGGAAACUGAGGUCUUUUUUUGUUUUUUUUUCUCUUUUGUUCAGCCUUUUCUUUUCUUGGACGGUGUAAAUUACAAUUUUUAUAUUCUCUGGAGCAAGGAAACAGAGGAUGUUUCGCUGAAUGCUCUAAAACGUUCAAUCAGUUAGGAAGUAGCAGUGGCUCAUCCACACUGCCUAG